AUGGAGCUGUACAUGGACGAGAAGUGGAAGCUGUCCAAGAAAGGGAGCCGGAACGGAUGCAGCGGCUGCGAGGGCGGCGGUAGGCGAGGUGGCGGGGCCGUCUUCCUCAAGCGGUCGCCGUCCUCGGGCAAGGGCGGCUCCUUUACCAGACGAUGCGCCUCCCUCGUCAAGGAACAGCGGGCGCGGUUCUACAUCAUGCGCCGGUGCGUCACUAUGCUCAUUUGCUGGCGAGAGUACCGUGACAGCUGA